UUUUUCGUUUUGAAGUCUGUUGUUGUCAAGUGUUACAGUGUCUCCAGUCUGAUAGAAUCGCGUUGAUGGUAAGCUUUUCUGUCUGGUCGCCAUGUCGGAUUCUUUGGACCGGUCCACGAAGAUCAACUUGUUCAGGGAGCAUGUAGUGAAGAAGCUCUGUGAGGUGUUGGACAAAUCCAGCAAUAAAGGAUGGCGAAAACUUGGCGAGAUUGUCGGCAAUGACCGACGGUUCAAAGUCAGCUCAGACGACAUGGAGAUGUGCUCUCUGAAGGUGUUGCAGCUGGAGGGCAGCCCAAGCCGCAUGUUGCUGAGGCUGAUGGGAGAGCGAGGCUGCACCGCAGGUCACCUGAUUGACUACCUCCAGACUCUGGGCAACUCAGAGGCCCUGCAGUGCCUGAAGCCAUCAGCCUUGCAGAUCCUCAUUCAGCCCCAGUCUGUAGCUCUUAUAGCUGGCCACAAUCUGCGCCUCAGCUGCCAUGCUUUGGGCAAAUCUCCAGUACAGUACCAGUGGUUCAAGACCAAGGAAGAGGUGCCAAACAGCCUCUCUCCGGACCUGGUGAUAAGUCCAGUCCAUCUGAAGGACGCUGGCUUUUACAUCUGCAGGGUCAACUGUGGAGAUGCUUUUGAAUUCAGCCAGUGGGCUCAGGUGGAUGUCCUGGAUGUGGCCAUGCCUUAUGGCCAGAGUUAUCAUUCUUUAGAAGGUCGGCUGAAGUUGGUGAUCCAGCCUCAGUCGCAGCGGCUAAAUGUUGGGGAAAACCUGCAGCUGGAGUGUGGAGCUGUGGGACGGCCGAUCCCUCGAUACCAGUGGCACAGAAAUGGAGCCCCGGUCCUCAACGCCACAAAGAGGAAACUCACGAUUCCUCACGCAAUGCAGGAUCAGCAUGGCAGGUAUCGCUGCGAGAUCACCAGCAGCACUGAGAGAAUGUGGACCAAUGAAGUUGACGUUGUGAUAGCACCAAGGAUAUCUGUGCAGUUUUCAGAGGCAAUGGAGUGCUCAGAAGAUGAUGUUUACGCCAUUGGAGGAGGUUCCAGUGAAUUCUUCCUGAAUAGUAUUCCAGAACAACUUUAUGCGACUGACAAAGUGGCCCUGCUGAUCGGCAAUCUGUCUUACCAGAACCACCCGCAGCUCAAAGCUCCCAUGGUGGACGUGUACGACCUCACCAACCUCCUGCGGCAGCUCAACUUCCAGGUGGUUUCACUGCUGGAUCUCACAGAGUCAGAGAUGAGAAACGCUGUCGAUGAGUUCCUGUUGCUGCUUCACAGAGGAGUCUAUGGUCUGCUGUACUAUGCUGGUCAUGGAUAUGAGAACUAUGGUAACAGUUUCAUGGUGCCAGUGGACGCACCAAACCCGUACCGGUCAGCAAACUGUUUAUGUGUGCAGAGCAUCCUUAAACUGAUGCAGGAGAAGGAGACUGGCCUCAAUGUGUUCCUGCUGGACAUGUGCAGGAAGAGGAAUAUUCAUGAUGACAGCACUCCAAACAUCGUCCUGAGGGUUACGGCCAACAUUGUCUUUGGAUAUGCUACGUGUCAAGAUGCUGAGGCCUUCGAGCUGAGCUCCAGUGGCUUUGCCAACGGGGUGUUUGUCAAGUUUUUGAAGAAGCGACUGCUAGAUGACGAGAAGAUAACCGUGGUGCUGGACAGAGUCGCAGAGGACAUGGGUCAGUUUGAUGCUACGAAGGGGAAGCAGGCUCUGGAGAUUCGCAGUAGUCUGUCAGAGAGGAGAGCUCUGACCGAUCCUAUUCUGCCCGGCGACAGCGCCGAUCUCGCUCACGCUCACAGCCGCCAGUGGGCAAAGGCUCACGAGCUUCCUGAAAGCAUGUGUCUCAACUUUGACUGUGGGGCUCAGAUAAAGUUGGGCUUCGCUGCAGAGUUCUCCAACGUGCUCGUCAUUUACACUCACAUCAUUAAGAAUCCCGAGGACAUGUCCUUCUGCCAGGCUCACGUCACUGACUUCUCACAGGACCUUGAUGUGGAUCCUAAAGAGAUGAACAGAGAGACUCCAGAGGAGACGGGGAUCUACUUUCUGUCCAGCAGCCUGCCGCAGCACUGUCUUUACACCAGAGUCAGCUCACUGCAGAAGCUCAGGGAGGAGCUGGUCUUCACCGUGUGCCUUCAGGGCACCUUCAUCGCCAUGGAUGACGGUCCCGUCCACUGGACCAAAAGCAUCAACAUCGGCAAGCCGCUGAUCGCUCGACUGGACCUGCACCGGGCCAUGCGGCGUAAUAGCUGUAUGCAGACCUGCCUGAUGCCGCACAGCCCGUCCCACAGCCCCUGCCACAGCCCCGGGCCCGAACACCGCCUUCACCUUCAUCAUGGGCUGCACCAAACACAGGACUACAGCCGGCUGUCGCCACAGCACCACUACCUUGACGUCUACGAGCGUCUUCAGGGUGCAGUGGGUGGCUGUGGGGAUUCCCACUAUGACAACCUGUCUCGCCAUGAACCUGCAUACGACUCAGCUGGUGGGCUUUCAAGCUCACCAGGCAGGCUCAGCAUCCCUAUAGAGGCCAGUGACGACAUCAACGAGCUGCAGACUGUGUUCAUGAACAGUCUGCAGCUUCAGCAGCCGUGAAGCGGCUGGAUGUCAUCAGUAUUUCUCAGAAGAGAAGCCUUAAAUGUCUGAUGUUGUUCCAGGAAUACUGCUGCUCUUUCUUUUACGUGUUGUGACUUAAUAAUAUUAUUUAGAAUAUUAUAUUCUUCAAUUCAUGAGCAUUAUUUGCCUCACCAAGCUGUACACUGACUGACUGACUUUUGUACUUGACUUUUUAAGAGUUUUGUAAAUACAUUUUUAGAAGAAGGGUAAACUGCCACAUUUGCGUGACAAGUUUUUUGUAGAGGUGUCAAUUUACCAGUGAUUCUCGAACUUUUUGCCAAACAGAAAAGCAAAGAUAUUGGAUGGUAAAACAAAAAACAAACGUUUUUCAGAUCUGGAAUUGUUUAAAAAUAUGAGCUACAUGACUGCAAAUUAAUGGGGCAUUACCAUUAAGAAGACAAUGUGUGAAGCAAUCUGCACACAAGGCCUCAUCUUCAUGCCAAGAAAAGAAAAGUUGUGUAAACGUUUGCUCAUGUAGGCUUGGCUUGAUUCGCAGGAGCUCCCUCUGCUGUGCAGUUAGAAUACAUAUCUAAGGCCAUCAGCCUCAUGUAAUUAACCAAAGUGAUGGUUAAAAACUUUGACCAUGGACAACUGAUUAAAGACCUCAACCCACGGAGAAUAUUUCCACACAGCUAUUAUUGCUCUGUUUUUCUAUCUUCUAACUGUUUCCUCAGGAUGGCAGGAGAAGGCUGUUCUAUCAGGACAUACUCCUCCACCAGCUGCCUCUUUUCACAACUCUCUGGUCCUGCCUGCAAUACCCAAAGUCAUCCACUCCUCUUAUAUCUUUGUUUUGCAGAGGACUUAAUUAGUGUCUGCGCGUAGUGAGUCGUGAAACUUUCCAAAAGAGAGAAAUAACAGACUAAGGGCUGGCAUAGUCCACUGCACACUUGACUGACAUUACUUUCAUUCAUGGCAGUAAGCACAGACAUAAAGUGCUGCUCCACAGCCCUACUGUAUACUCCUUUCUACAUGUGACAGCGUGGCACGUGCAGAAUUAAUCUCAUUACAUAAGAAAGCAUGAGUCCUGUGCUAGGAUGUCUCCACACAGAGAAAACUAGUUCAACAGCUCAACCCUUUUCUGCUUCUACGCAGUACUUAUUCCCAUCAGGUCAGGAUUAUUUGUUAGAGGAACAGUUUAUUAAGAAACACUGGAGGAAAGACAUGAAAAGGAAGUUGACAGUAAAGACAAUGAAAUUUAGAAACAAAAUGUGUGUGCAAAGAAUGGAGAACAAAUUAGUUACAAAAACUAUGAGUAAGCCUAUGUGGGAUGUAGUGAGAACUGUGUAAAUAUCAGUGGUAAAUUGUACAGUUUAUAGCCAUAAUCCAUUAUGCAAUACAUCAGGGUAUUUAACUCUGAAUAUUGUUCAUGGGGGUUGUUUCUAUUGUUGCAAAUUUCUCAUUGGAGAUAAAUAAAGUAUCUAUCUAUC